GGGUUUCUAAGUGCACCAAAGCCAUACGACAGGUGACAGAUUAUAAUCAGCGACAUACAAAUAAAUACGUUAACUGAACACAGAUACAGUCUGAAUCUUCAUUCCACAAAGAAAUAAUCAUAGGAAGAUUGGGCUUCAUGGCAGCCUCCCGUUUCUCCAGUCAAGAAUCCCUCCUAAGCGGAAAAUACAAAAUAAGCAGUCACAAUGCACUUAGUGUGUUUGAGCUGGAGAAACUUCUGUAUACAGGGAAGAUAGUGAAACAGCAUGCAGACGAAGUGUGGCCAAACCUGUAUUUGGGAGAUCAGGAUAUAGCAGCUAACAAAGGUGAAUUGCUGCGGCUGAACAUAACCCACAUCCUUAAUGCCUGCCAUAGUCGAUUCCGAGGAGGAGAAGACUACUAUAAAGGAAUGGUUAUUUCCUAUAUGGGUAUUGAAGCUCACGAUUCCGAAAUAUUUGACAUGAGUAUUCAUUUCUAUCCUGCAGCAGAUUUUAUCCACAAAGCUCUAAGAGGGAGAGGUAAGAUUCUGGUACACUGCGCCAUGGGAGUUAGCAGAUCUGCAACACUGGUGCUUGCCUACCUUAUGAUACAUCACAAUAUGACCUUGGUUGAGGCUAUCACAACAGUAAAAGAGCGUAGAGGAAUAAUCCCAAACAGAGGUUUUCUGCGUCAAUUAUUGAAUCUUGACAAAUCUUUGCACAAUGUAUAUUAGAUACUUGUAUAACUUACAGUUCUUAUUUAAUUCACUGUGAUUAUACCUGUAUAUCCAUUAAUUGAAGUAGAAUUGUCACUCAAGUUCGUGUUUAUGGUCAUCUGGCUUCCUACUGCUUUUGUGUGAAAACUGAAUAUACACACAUAGAUGAAAAGUUAUAUGUAGCAAGUCCAAACAAAGUCCUCUCUAACUGAAAAACAUGUAAUAAUUGAUACUUGCAGAAACUUUACUAGCAUGUUGGUUUUGGUGUAUUUUAUAACAUUGCAUGGAGUUUUCUAAUAAAUCUUGUCAAAAAUA